AUGGCUUACAUCGAGAACUUACAAGGGCUCAUAGCCCAACCGCUAUUAUUGGCGGUCCUCGCAAUUUCUAGCGCCAUAUUCUGCAGAUGCUUCUAUCGCAUCUACCUCCAUCCUCUAUCAUCGGUGCCUGGUCCUAAGCUCGCAGCCUGCACUUCGCUAUGGUUAGCAUACCACACAUACAUCGGCGACGAAUGUACAGUAGUAUAUGAUUUGCAUCGCAAAUACGGCCCGGUAUUACGAGUCGCUCCCAAUGACGUUGACAUCGCCGAUAAAGAUGCGCUGGAGCCAAUCUACGUUGCUCGCGGUGGUUUCCCCAAGACACCAGUAUAUUCCAAGUUCGACAUCGACGGACACACGACCAUAUUCUCCAGUCUGACGUUGCCUGAGCGAGCAACACGAGCGAAAGCUGUCGCCCCUCUUUUCUCUACGGCGUCAAUUCGCAACUCUCAAGAAGCCUUACGCGAGAUCUUCGACGACUUCGCGAAAAGACUGCAGGCUGAAGCACGCACUGGUAGACCAGUAAACGUGCUUAAUGUAACACGUGCCAUGGCAAUCGAUGCUGUAAGCACGUAUCUGUUCCACGAGAGGUACGGCGCCAUCACGGAGAAUUCAGAGUCAAUGUCGGCAUCGCCGUUUGUGGAUUCCUUCGUCGGAGUAGGUGCCUAUUUCAAUAUCGUGCCGGGGAAAAUCGGUGGUUUUGUCACCGAGGUCAUUGAGCGCUGGAGCACGACCAAGAAUGUGGAGCAGUCGCACGGACUGAUCGACCAGUACGCUAGAAGGCUUGUCCAGACAGCGAUACCAAAAAGUGGAAGCUAUCAGAGCCGUUUGUUGGAGAAGUCGACCAUAGCACAGUCUCAGAUUGAAGUCAAAGAUGUCUGUUUUGCAGGAACUGAUUCCACGGGGAUGAACACCGCGACGAUCUUGUGGUAUCUUGCAAAACACCCAGAAGUUUAUGAUCGUCUCAGACAGGCGGUCAUGAAGAGCAUUGAAAACGACGAGGAUCCAACCGCGUGCGCGUACCUGCGCGGCGUCGUCCGAGAAGGCCUACGUCUUUCUUGGGCCAAUCCAAUUCGCCUGCCCCGUGCCGUUCCGACUGGGGGCUGGAAGUAUCGUGACUACUAUUUCCCGGCUGGUACGAGUGUUGGCGUUGCGGCCUAUCAGCUGCAUCAAGAUAGCAGCGUGUUCCCUGAGCCGCAUCGUUUCCUUCCUGAGCGUUGGGAUAACGCGGACGACGAAAUGCUCACGGCAUUCUUUGCGUUUGGAAAAGGAACUAGAGCCUGCAUUGCCCAGUCGUUGGCAAUGUAUGAAGUCACCAUGGCUAUUUUCACCGUGGUCAAAGAAGAUGUGCUGCGUGGAGCGUCGAUCGUGGAAGACCGGAUUGAGAUAAAAGAAUGGUUCAAUUCCAAAGUCAAAGGGCAUGAGAUUUUGAUAAAGUUCGCCAGUGAAGCGACAUACACUCACCAAGAGUGAAACAGCUAACUAGAGACGUGUGUU